AUGGAUAAUCAGUUUAAUGUGCUUUAUACGGGUUCUGUUCAAAGUGAUUCUAAAGAAAGACGAAUCAUAGAUCACAAUAACAUAGUUCUAAAGAUAGAAAAUCACACGAGAAUUUUUGCAUCGAUGUGCCCCGAUGAGAUUCUUGAUGAUUAUAACAAUUAUGAAAUAAGAAAAUAUUUGACAACCCUAAUGCUCGGUGAUAUAUCAGGAUUUACUGAUUUUGCUGAAAAAUAUACGAGAACAGGUAAAGGUGGUGCAUCGAAAUUGACCGAGAUAUUGAACAGUUACAUCGGUGCAAUGGUUCAAGAAAUUUUAUCGCAUAACGGUGAUUUAUUAAAAUUUUCUGGGGAUGCAUUUAUCGUCAUGUGGAAACUUAAAGAUAAUGCUAACAUGCGUGAUUUAACUACUAUAGCAAUUCAAACAGCAUGCAUUAUACAAAAACAUUUUGGGGCUUAUGAAACUGACGUUGGUAUCACUCUAAGAGUUAAACUAGCAAUAGCUUCUGGUAAAACAUAUUUCACAUGUAUCGGUGAUCCUAAAAAAAUGUCACAUUACAUAAUCAUUGGUAAACCUGUUUGGGAAGUUAAAAAUGCUGAACGACUUUGCAAAGGUGGCGACAUUUUAGUAGCACUCAGCGCUUGGCAAUGGGUAAAUCCAAUCGAAUACGUUUAUGAAACACUUCCGGAUGGUUUGCAUACACUUAUUAUAGCUUGUUCUACAAUGUGGUAUACUUUGAAAAGCCCUUACACAUAUGACGAUGAUAUUCACGAAAAAGAAACGUCUUCUCAGGAAUCAUCAACUGCAUUUACAGAAAAAUUGUUUAUGAAUAGUACAACAGUGUUAAUGAAUCUUUCAAGCUCUUUAAUGUACUCUAAAAAUAUGGAAAUGAUUGACUUUAGUUUACGACCAAAAAUAAUAGAAAUAUCGAAAGCUCAAUUGAAAGAUGCUUUGAGAAGUUACAUGUUAAAACCGGUAAUUCGUUCAGUUGAAAUGGAUGAACCAUUAGAAUAUUUAACAGAAAUGAGACAGGUUGUUAUAGUAUUUGUUAAUGCAGUUAUCAGUGAAAUGAGAAAAAGACGAUUGAUCAAAUUGGUCGACGCAGCUUAUAAACUCGUUUGCAGGAUAGUCGAUAGGAUGCAAGGAUGUGUCAACAAAACGUCGCUCUUUGAUAAGGAUCUAACAUUUCUUUGCGUUUUUGGUUUACGAGGUGACAAACAUGAACUUGAAUCACAAAUAGGUUUAAAAUGUGCAUACAGAUUGCGAAUAGGUUUGAAAGAGUUAGCAUGCAUUACUAGCGUUACCGUUGGCGUUACAACUGGGAUGACAUAUUGUGGGGUUGUUGGUCAUAUUUUGAGAAGAGAGUACACGGUUAUAGGAAUGACAGUGAAUAAAGCAGCUCGACUUAUGAUGGGUUACAAUAACAAGGUUAUCUGUGACAGAGAAAGUUUUCUUCAUUCACGAUUAGAAGUUAGCCAUUUCAAAUUACAAGAACCGAAAUAUUUUAAAGGAAUAACCGAUGUUGGUCCAGUUUACGAGUUUGAGGAACAAGUCAAAUACAAAGUAUCGGAAUUGGUUUGGCGUAAAUAUCCUUUGCUUGGUAGGGAUAAUGAAAUGAACAUUUUUCGACACUUGUUAGCCAAUUUAGUGGAGUAUGUUCACUUUGAAAAUGAUGUAUCAAAUAAACCACAAUAUAAUACAUUAAUUAUAAGUAAUUAUAGAGGAGAACCUAGGAUAGGAAAAACGAGACUGUUAGACGAAAUGGUAUUGAACAUACCAAGUGGUAUCCCAUCGAAUUACAUUUCCCUUGUUUCAACAGAUAUACAGAACCCGUACACUUUAGUUCACCUAAUAUUUUCCUUACCAUUAAAAUUCUCAUUAACGUCAACGCCGAAGGAUCGAGAAGAAAAAUUAAUUCGUUUAUUAGGCAACAUACGUCAUCCUGAAUAUCUCUGUGCCUUGAAUCAAGUCUUCAACGUUUCUUUCCCAAUGACCAAACAAUACAGAGCGUUUAUGGAAUUAGAAAAACAAAAAAUACUUGAGCAACUCUUGAUAAACCUAACGAAAAAAUGUUUUUCCAAAUUUUGGGUCAUCAUCAUUGAUGAUGUUGAAUACGCCGAUAAAGAGUCCUUGAACUUUUUCGAUAUUUUCAUUAAAACCAAUAUGUUUUUGUUCAUCAUAAGCGUUGGUAGAAAAGUUUAUGCGGAAUACAGGCUUAAUCAUACAUUAUUGGAAAGAGCAUAUAUCAUGGAACUUCAAGGUAUCGACAAAUGGUAUCAUAUUGGUAUUGUUUGUCAAGUACUCAAUGUAAUUGGCAUAUCUCCAGAACUGGAAAAAUUAAUUCAAAAUCGAAGUUUAGGAAAUCCAGGCUGGAUCGAAAGUUAUUUGAUGACCCUAAUGCAAAGUGGUAAUUUAGCAAUCAUAACAGUUACCAGAAGAGAAGCUGAAAAUAUGGGAUAUGUUUUACCCACUAUAGAAAUGUUAAAAAGACGUACUUUGAAUAAUUUAUUAAACAAUGCCGGUCCUGUUCGAGAAGAUAGGUGGGAAAUGUACGAAGCGAGUUACAUGAGUAAUACACCGCAAAUGAGCAGUAAUGAGAUGCUUCUUCAAUCUGAUACUGAUUUGUCUAAACACGAAGAGAUAAGUGUAGCUUUUUCGAAAACACUAGACCCUUUAUCGAUCAAAAAUACAAAUAUUGAAAUGACAAUGGACGUUUUAAAAUUAUUCGAUUCCUUAACACCCCUUGAUCAAUUUUUACUUAAAUGUGCUUCUGUACUCGGUAUAUUUGUUAAUCGGAAAAUGUUGGAAAGCAUAACUGAAAUAUCCAUAAAAGACACCGCAGUAGCGAUACGUAAACUUUUUGAAAUUCGAAUUUUUGAAUGUGGUAUGGGAGAUUUUAGUAAAAACGUUGGCCCUAUUAUUUACUACAGAAACAUACGUAAACAUGUUGGUGAUAUUGGUGUUAAAUGUAGGUGUAUUGACCUCGUAAUUUCAGAAGAAUUGUCGAAUAUGCCGAAAUAUGCAUCAUGUGGUCUCAUGCGUUUCAAGAUGGCAUUAUUUCGAGACACCACAUAUGGAUUACUCACGGAGAAUCAAAAAAUCGAGUUGCACAACAAAGCACUGAAAUUUCUACAACACAAUACCAGACGUUGCGUGGCUUGUGGCAAAGGACACUUUACUAAUUUAUUAGAUACAGACAUUUUUAACGAAGUUGAAGGAGUACCAAUACAUUUAGAAUAUCCAUUGAAUUUAAGACAACUCCAUAACGUUAAUUCCCGGAUAUUCCCCAGAAUAAAAAGUGUUUUAUCUAGUAGAAAUAAUUUAUCUUAUCUGCAUGUUUUCAAAAAACCAGAAAGAAAACCGACACGUACUUUUUCCAAUCUUGAUUUCACUAAUUGUCAAUGUAAUCUGAUAUUAUUAACGGUUUACACGCAAAUGGUUGAACAUUGUUAUGGAAUCGGUAGGAAUGAUAAAACUUUAAUCGCCAUAUUGAGAUUUGCUGAAAUUUGUAUAGAAAAUCAAAAUAUUCCUCAAGCAAGGAAAUUGUUAAACGAAGCUGAGACGAUACUUCAACAGAUGUUUGAUCCAAACAAGAACGAAGUGAUUACAUUCCUUUACCUCACAGCAAAGAUUCAAACUUUGCAAGGUAAAUGUUACUUCAAAUACGGCCACACAUCUGAAGCUGAAAAAAGCUUAAACAAAGCUAUGAAAACAUUAGGCUACAAUUUUCCACGUAUGAAUAUAACAACCGGUUUAAAAACUGCAUUUCAAUUGAAGAAACUGAAAUUAUUAUUAUUUUGUCCGAGAAAACGAAAAAGUAAAGUCAAGGGAGACGAUUACGUUAGAAAAUACACUAAUCAGUUGGCAUGCUGUUUGGCUCAAAUGUUUGAAGUUUACAAGGCUAAAGGUAUGAAAAAACAGGCUAGAUUAGCAGCAAUAUGGGCACUGAACACAGCACGACCCAACAACGAUUUUUUCAUACUUUCCACGUGUUACACCAACAUGCUAAUUACUGCUCACGUUUAUCGCAUAAAGAACAUAAUUAUAUCUUUGGAGAAUGAGAGCAUUGAUCUAUGUAACGAAAAAACGAGGAUAAUCGAGUAUCAAAAUCUUAAGGUCAUAGUUGAACUUUAUGCAGGUAUUUUUUUUUCACGUUGGAUCAGAGGACAAAUUAAAAAAGCUAUAAAUAUUGGUUUUAUUGUCAUGAAAUUAGCAAAAAGCAUUGAUUUAACUUAUAUUCAGUGCAUAGUAUUACCACAACUCGUUCAUAUUUUAAUGAUUUCUUGCCGACAUUCCGAAGUGGUUUCAAUAUUACGAGACUUAGAAUUUAUAUCGAAAAACAACAUAGACAAAUCUGGUCGUACGUGGUAUUACGCAAUGUGCGUGGAUGUACAAUUGGAUAUAGGAUUUACGAUUCUUUCUUAUGAAAAUUGCAAACGAUAUUAUUUAAAAGAAGGUGAAAGUAUGCUUAGUUUACGAAAUCCAGAAGCUGAAAGACGAUAUUUUACAUCCAUGUGGUUAUGGUGUGUUAGAAACCAAGAAUGGGAAGCAUCUAAAAUAUGGAUAAAAAAACAUUUUAAAACAGACAGAACUGAUGAAGAUAUAGUAGCAGCUACUAUAACAGAUUUAAAAAAACUCGAAGGGUUGCUUAUUUCUUACGUUUAUUAUGCCAACAAACGUGACGUCAAAGCUAUAUUUAUUAUGGCGGACAUCAAAGUUUCUUUUAAAAAUAUUAAAAAGAUGAUAAGCAUCGUGAAAAUUGCUAUACCAAGGUACGUAUUAAUAAAAGCUUACUAUUACAUGGUUCGAGGUCACAAAAGAAAAGCUAUGAAAAUUCUUCAAAAGACAACA